AGAACACCUUCGCUCCACAACGUCUCCUUGACCAAUACGAUACGCACACACACACCGCACUCCCUACGAGCAGUGCCUGCGACAAUCCUCCGCGCGUCGAGCCAAGCACUCGCCAGCCCCUCGUCCCAAGGCACUUCACCUCCCAGCCAACCUGCCAUACCACCGCUUCACCUGCACUCGCCGCAACCAUGUCGGUGGACUUGACGCCUCAGGAGCUGGGCUUCAAGCGCCCCUUCAAUCACGAAGUCAGCCAAGUCCUUCGGCUCCACAACCCCAAUAGCGAUCCAGUGGCCUUUAAGGUGAAGACCACUGCGCCGAAGCAAUACUGCGUGCGACCCAACUCUGGUCGCAUUGACCCUGGCGGGGAUGUCGAGGUCCAAGUCCUGCUGCAGUCCAUGAGGGAAGAUCCACCCCUCGAUGCACGGUGCCGCGACAAGUUUCUUGUGCAAUCUGUUGCCAUUGGCGCCCAUGUCGAAGUUGCCAAUGUCGCCUCAGUCUGGACCAACAUCGAGCAAACUGCCAAGUCCUCCAUACAAGAGAAGAAGAUCCGCGUCUCUUUUCUGCCUGCCGAUGGUAGCGCUGGGGUGGGUGCUGCCGCGUCUCCCUCGCCGGCCACGAAUGGCGCCUCGCAUCUCCAAGAAGAGCCUCCAGCCUACUCAUCACCAUCCCCAGCUGCCGUCACUCCUGCACGCAACUUCGCGUCGUCAAGCUCCACAUUCGAGAAGAGUGCACCACCCAUGGAAGAUCUCAACCAGCCCCAAUCGACUCUUCACUCGACAACUGCCGCCGUGUCCAAUGUGACUGGUGUUAGCCAGGCGGAACUCGAGCGACAACUGGCCGCUGCGAACCAGACCAUCUCGGAGCUACGGACGAAGGCAGCAGAAGCGACUGGCCUCAGGCAGCGCAACAUUGGAGGAGAUGGUGCUACUGCAACGAAAGGAGGUCCAACUCCGAUCACUCAAGCUGCGCCGGGUGGUGUACCCGUGCAGAUUGUGGCGGCAAUCGCUCUAUUGAGCUUCUUGAUUGCCUACCUGUUCUUUUAGUUGCCCUUCUAGGGUGGCGAUCCAGACAGAGAAAAGACCGAUGACGAGAAUUGGCAAUGGCGAACACGAGUCCAAUACUAGAGGACCGGCCGGGAAGUGGACACAGGCAACAAGCGAUGGACACUCGACGGCGAAAACUUGACAGCCGGCGUUCGCAGCAUACAUGGGCACCUGGGCCAAGGAGGGUCGGGUGAUACCUUACUACGCCGAGUGGCGUAGACCCCUGAGGGUGCAUGUUUGCAAACUGCGAUGGAACGAGAGAAGGAUGGUCUGGGCGUGCAGAUACUUGGUGAUUACCUUAUGUUUUGAUUAGAGAAUGCUUUUCCCCCCGCCUCUGCAAAUGUCGAUACUGCGAGAAAUGUUUACAACUACAGACUGC